AGAGAUGACCCUCUUAUUUUGAAAGAGUGGGAGCGGACGCUGUGUCUGUGUAUGGCUCUCAAGCAGCUUGACAGUGGUACUCGAAGCGACUGUCAGCCUCCACUCCCUCUCUUAGUGUCCUACCAGCAGCAUGGCAUCCGAGGAGCUGGCUCGCAAACUGCAGUCGCGGCUGGCCGUCGCGCAGGAGGCUGAGCCGAGGCCGGAGCCCGAGCUGUGCCCGGUUAGAUCCAAACCGCGGGAGCCAGAGGCAGCUUGCGGCGACUCGUCCUCCGAGCUGUCCGCCAAACUGACCCGCAGGCUGGACAUCAACGAGGGCAACGCCGCUCCUCGGCCGACCCGCGUCUUCAACCCCUACACGGAGUUCAAGGAGUUUUCCCGCAAACAGAUAAAGGACAUGGAGGCGAUGUUCAGACGGUAUGAUACUGGGAAAGACGGCUUCAUCGACCUGAUGGAGUUGAAGCUGAUGAUGGAGAAGCUGGGAGCUCCACAGACCCACCUGGGCCUCAAGAACAUGAUCAAAGAGGUGGAUGAAGACUUUGAUGGCAAACUGAGCUUCAGAGAGUUCCUGCUGAUCUUCCGCAGAGCAGCAGCUGGAGAGCUGCAGGAGGAGAGUGGUCUGAUGGCUCUGGCCAGACUGUCAGAGAUCAACGUGUCCACUGAGGGAGUGAUGGGGGCCAAAGACUUCUUUGAGGCCAAGGCACAGGCUCUGUCUCGGGGCAGCAAGUUUGAGGCUGAGAUUCGAGAGGAAAAAGAAGAACGCAAGAGGCAGGACGUGGAGAAAAAGCAGAGACAAGCCGCCUUCAAGCAGCUGCAGUCCACCUUCUGCUCAUGACCCUCCACAGGAGCCAGAUAACAAUCAUGACAUGCACACUCAGUGUUCCUGAGAUUUUAGAAACAGCUUCACACUCCACUCAUACUUUAACCAGUGUCUCUGAUGUCUCAGAAUUUGGCACUUUAUGACAAAAUCAGAAAGAUACAUUUAAGUACCUACUUACUCAGACACUUGAAAAUAUCUCAUAACACAUCACAGGAGAGGCUUAAUCAGGAAAUAUUAAGUGAACUCUCCAGAUUCAUGCAGAUAUCAUAGAUUUGUUGUGCAUUUGUGUGGAUUUGUUCUUUGUGUCCCUCUGUACAACAACUGGAAGUUUUCACCUCAAAACAAUUUGAACUUGCUCAGGCAAAGUGAGGCUGUUCAGUAUGUUCUGUGUUGAAAUGUUUUGAAUUUCAUGUUUCAUGGUCAUGUGAUUUUGUUUCAUCCUCACCUUGUUAACACUGUAAUUCAAUGAACAUCUACUCUACAAUUUGAAAUGCAAUAGAAACAGUAUAGUAAUAGAUUAUAGUAUGAAUAACUGUAUCAUUGUAGUAUAAUAAUAAUAGUAUUAAAUUGAUAUUUGCUGGUGGCAGAUGAAGCCUGGUGCAGCGCAGCUGUGAUUGGCUGUCAUGAGCAGCAUAUACUAGAUUCAGUCUUGAUCCACUGAGGGUCCCCCCCCCAUUCUUUCUUGUGUCCACAAUCCUCAGAAGACCAUUAAAGCUCAACUGACAAGUUCCAAAAUCAGGGAAGUUAUCUUUUAGUAAAAGUAGUUGUAGGUAAAAGUUGGGAAAUAUGUUGAUUUGCUUUCAGUGAGAUGAGAUGACUGAACUCUACCACAGUCAGCAGCAGACUCAGUGUGAACCACAUUAGUAAGAAGCACAUAUAAGAUACUCCACCUAAGCACCAGGGUCUCUCAACCCCAAGUAUGUGAUUCAGCAUUUAUGACCUAAAUUCUCAUGAUCCCAGCAGCUCCACAGUUGAUAACUGUCACGUGAAUUUAAGUGUGGUGUAGUUUAAUAUUCUAUUUGAAAGGGCAUGCAGUGCAUGGAGUGCAAGUAAAUAGAGAUUGUAAUAUAUUUGAGAUCAGCUGAUCUUAUUUCCCAUGUAAAUAGAUAAGCAUUAGAAACCUCCUGCAGCGUGAUAAGUGACUGCUGUGUGUUUGGAGUGAGUGGGAAACAGCAGCCAGGGUUCAGGUGGUUUAACACUGAAACAGUAGACCUGAGGUGAUGAUGAUCUUUCAUCUGCUUCAAACACACUCACUAACACCAUUCUGUGUUAUCCUUAAGUCUUAUGGAGAUACUUUCCUAUCUUUAUUCAAGAGUGUGGUCUUUCAGUUUGAGAGCAUAUUGUUGCUAUUUCACGUUCAGUUUUUGUAAUGCUCUCUCUUAAAACUCUCCUCUUUCUCAAAUAUUCCCUGCUCAAUACAAAUGUGCUCUGCUCCUGCUCAAAAUCUCUCCCCUCUCUGAAAAAGUCACUGCUUGAGGUCAGAUUUGCUCUGCUUCUGCUCAAAAACAGUUUGCUUGCACUCAAAUGUCUCCUCGCGCUCAAAGUACUUCUGUGCGUUUGCAAAACUUCUCCUCUCAUGCGUGGAUUUUUAUGACUUAAGCUGAGAUGAUCCUAUCAAAAAUUCAUCAACCAACAGAAUUCCACCCAUGAUGCCGACCAAUCAAAUCCUCAUUCCCUCUCUGAGGGCACAAUCGCUUUACUUCUUACAGCGUCCAUUAUGGGUGGUUACUGUUUACCUUCAGGGCCCUUUUACAUGUAGCAGGAGUCUGGCAAAUCCCUCGAGUUUAUGCUAGACUUUUUUUGACAGCCAAUUUGUCUGUUAAUAUUCAAGAAUAUACAGGAUGUACAGUGUUUUAAAUAACCUACGUUUAAACAACAAUAAAGCACAAAUGUUAUGAACUAACCAAUGUUAUUAUUUAAAGUAGUCUGCAUGACUAAACUGCUGCUAAAUAUUAAUGCGAGUUGAGCCGAGUCACGUGACACAGCAGAGGUAAAACCAAACUACUGCAUAAUACAUGGUUAUAUGUUAAAAGGGAUAACACUGUUAUUUUAAAACCUGGAUCACGUUUUUGGGUGUAAAUAAUUGAUAGGGACAAAAUCUUUGAAAAUGUUUUUUGAUCACGAACAGUUAACCCGGAUAUUGCGAACAGCUGUUGUAAUAUAAACAAACUGUGCACACAUCCACAUCAAAGUAGUUUGCUUAAGUGGUUUGUUUUGUCACUGACUGGUGGACCAUCAACAUUCAGUCAUUUAAGAUUAACAUGGGAGCUGCUGAGAUGCCUCAGUCUGUUAGUUUGUUAGUUACUGUGUGGUACAUUUACUUCAGUAAAUGAUGUGAAUACUUCUUCCACCACUGAAAGUCACACAAUAAUGCAAGCCAACUAAGAGAUGGAGGCAGUGGUAUUCCAGCAGCUCCUGUGUUCUGCUCGAAAAAAUGACUUAUUGUCAAUGGAGUCUUGUAGCAAGUACACUGUUCUUGAUCAAUAAUGCACCGAUUUCAAUUACUUUUGUCCCUGUCAAUUAUUUACACCCAAAAAUGUGAUCCAGGUUUUAAAAAAAUAACAGUUAUCCCUUUUAACAUAUAGCUGUGUAUUAUGCAAUAGUUCGAUUUUGCUGUUUCAUUCAUGGAGUGUUUGGUCACGUGACUCGCCUCUACUCGUAUUCAUAUUAAUAUUUAGCACAACUCAAGGAGUUCAGUCAUGCAGACUACUUAAAAUAAUAACAUUUCUUAGUUUGUAUUGUUUAUGCUUUAUUGUUGUUUAGAUGUAGGCUAUUAUAUGGCUGUUUAAAACAUAUCCGGUAGUUGUUGUAUAUUCUUGAAUAUUAAUGGACAAAUUGGCUGUCAAAAAAAGUCUAGCGUAAACUCUGGCUGUGACAAGAGCAAGGCAUUUGGACUUCUACAUGUAAAAGAGCCCUGGACAUAAACGGUAACCACUCGUAAUAAGAAGUAAAGCGAGUGCGCCCCCAGAGAAGUUUUGCGAGCGCACAGAAGUACUUUGAGCGUGAGGAGACAUUUGAGUGCAAGCAAACUCUUUUUGAGCAGGAGCAGAGCACAUUUGUGUUCGAGCAGGGAGACAGAGGAGAGAGUUUUAAGACAGAGCAUUACAAAAACUGAACGUGAAAUAGCGACAACAUGCUCUCAAACUGAAAGACCACGUUUUUGAAUAAAGAUAGGAAAGUAUACCAAUCUGAGUUCUCUUUCAGUCUGUUCUCCACCAGUCUGUGUUCUUCUUCAGUCUGCGUGGAUCCUCAGUAUUGUUCGAUGGGUUCCAUGCUGUCACAUCCCAAUGUAUAUUUGCUGCUGAGUCUCCAACACUCCCCGGGAUCUUACAUCCCCCAUAAUGCAGGGCUCAGUAUCUUUGAUUAGACCCUCCCUUCAUGCUUAAUGCCCAGACCACAUCAUUCAAACUCCCCUUUAAUGUGACCAUAUAGUUUUGCCUAUGCAGCCUGUGUGCUCCAUCUGUCCGCUGUUCUACAGCAGACUUUACCUGUGGAGUGGAUGUCAGGGUUAGGGUUAGGGUAUGUCAUGUAUCCAGUUUGAGGCUGAAGUCUGAUGGCCUCUGCCUGUCAAGGCGAACUGAUCACCCAAAUACAUUUUGUCCUCUUGAUGUUCACCUGAAAAGGGAUUCAGUAUGACAUGUAGCAAAUCCCAGAAGAAACUAGUGAUAUACUGGUUAGAGAACAAAGUCCUGGUGCUGAGUCCAGCUGGCUGAGUCCUGAACACAACUCACCCUCAGUCCAGCUGAGCACUCAGUACAUGUAUCAGUCAGAGACAUGAGAGGCAUGUCUUCACCCUGAGCUCUCAAGACUCUGACAGCAGUCCUGCAGCUGGAUACUGUACAGUAAUGAGGAGCAGGUUGUGGUGUGUGUGUGUGUGUGUGUGUGUGUGUGUGUGUUUGAGCUUCAGGUAUAGGUCCAGUCUCACUGAGCUGUAUGUGGGCAGUAACAUAGCCUAGCUUAACAUGAAGCCUGGGAGCAAGGGGAAGAGCCCCCACCUGUAAAACUCUUACUUUUAUGAUUCUCUUGUGUGCUGUUGUGUUUGCAGGUGUUGUGGUUUGGGACAGUUGUGUGGAUGCAGCAUCACUGGGUGAUACCUCAGCAGCUGUCCAUUGCUCUGCCCCCAGUGCUCUGCAGUUGUUUUGCUAUUUCUCUAACAAAUGUAAGUUGCUAAUGAAUGAGCUUUUUGUAGGUAAAUGUUUGAACUUCAGACAGAGCCAGGCUGGCUGUUCUCCCCUGCUUCCAGCCUUUAUGCUAAUAUAGACUAACCACAGCCUGACUCCAGCUCUGUGCUGAACACACAGUUUUCAGGAAUGUUGAACUAUUUAUUCAAAAAGACAGAAGAGCAUAGAGAGUCAGCAGUAGUAGUUCUGUUGUUGAGCCUGAAGAGGAGGAUGUAGCUCCUGAACAUCACUGUGGGUGCUGCUGUUUCUUUUAUUUCCCUCGACAGUAGUGUGCAGUUUUACUAAACUUUAGAGGGCUGUGCCAGUACACACAAAUACACACACACCUAACAGAAAGUGUACAGAUAGCAUGUCCAUGUGCAGAACCUGUUCUGUCCUAAACCUAAUCCUGCCUGUGUCAGAGUGUGUCAGCUGGGGGGGACACAAGUCCAUUUGGGGCUCAUACAUAGAUGUUGUGCUCUGAUAUUAAAGAAGUUAAAGUAAGAAAACGAAUUGAUAUAUUUAUGUAUAAUUUGAUAUAAUUACAGAAAAAUCAUCUCAUUUGAAAUUCAGUUCAGUGUUUAUGUUGAAUUAGUUUGACGACGUCGGUGUCCUUUGAGUUUUGGAACCUGAAAAUGGAGUUCUGAUCCUGGAUCAGCUGAGAAGCCCUGACUUGAGCAAUAUGUGUUGUUAUUUGCAGUUCAUGUUCAUCUGUAAUGAUGUUUUUAACUUGUAGCAUGUUCGAGUUGUCACAUAGAAAAGCUACUAUAUGUACGUCUUUGCUAUUUGUUGAGGAAAUGGACAAUGUAUUUUUUCAUGGAUAAAAUAGUCUAUAUUGUUAUUUGUUUUAGCAGAGACUUAUAAGUUGCCAAACAUAAAAAAGGUCAGUGAAAUAUAUUUUUGAGCACUUGUAAAGAUAUGGUGUUGUUUUACUCCCUGUCAGAAUGGACAAGUUUGACUUGACUGCUAUAAAAAAUAAAUAAAGGUGAUAUUAAUCUUA